GGUGCUCAUUCCUGGGAGCAGCGCGGACGGCAGUCGGCUCUGCGACGGGAAGAUGCUGCGGGAGCGGACGGUGCGGCUGCAGUACGGGAGCCGCGUGGAGGCGGUGUACGUGCUGGGCACUCAGCUCUGGACCGAUGUCUACAGUGCAGCCCCGGCUGGGGCCAAAGCCUUCAGCCUGAAGCACUCGGAGGGUGUGCAGGUGGAGGUCGUACGUGACGGAGAGGCAGAGGAGGUGGUCACCAAUGGCAAGCAGCGCUGGGCCCUGUCACCCAACACCACACUGCGGCUCAGCAUGGCCCAGGCCAGCACAGAGGCCAGCAGCGACAAGGUCACCGUCAACUACUAUGAAGAGGAGGGCAGCGCCCCCAUUGACCAGGCGGGGCUCUUCCUCAUGGCCAUUGAGAUCUCCCUGGAUGUGGAUGCAGACCGGGAUGGAGAGGUGGAGAAGAACAAUCCUAAGAAGGCAUCCUGGACCUGGGGUCCUGAGGGCCAGGGGGCCAUCCUGCUGGUGAAUUGUGACCGAGACACCCCAUGGUUGCCCAAGGAGGACUGUAGUGACGAAAAGGUCUACAGCAAGCAAGACCUCCAGGACAUGUCUCAGAUGAUCCUGAGGACAAAAGGCCCCGACCGCCUGCCUGCCGGGUAUGAAAUAGUCCUCUACAUUGCCAUGUCGGACUCAGACAAAGUGGGCGUGUUCUACGUGGAGAAUCCGUUCUUCGGCCAGCGCUACAUCCACAUCCUGGGCCGGCAGAAGCUCUACCACGUGGUUAAGUACACCGGUGGCUCUGCGGAGUUGCUGUUCUUCGUGGAAGGCCUCCGUUUCCCCGACGAGAGUUUCUCAGGCCUGGUGUCCAUCCACGUCAGUCUGCUGGAGUACAUGGCGGAGGGCAUCCCGCUGACACCCAUCUUCACAGACACUGUGACGUUCCGGAUUGCACCCUGGAUUAUGACCCCUAACAUCCUGCCUCCUGUGUCAGUGUUUGUGUGCUGCAUGAAGGACAAUUACCUGUUCCUCAAAGAGGUGAAGAACCUGGUGGAGAAAACCAACUGUGAACUGAAAGUUUGUUUCCAGUACAUGAAUCGCGGUGACCGCUGGAUCCAGGAUGAAAUCGAAUUUGGCUACAUUGAGGCACCCCACAAAGGCUUUCCAGUGGUGCUGGACUCCCCUCGAGAUGGAGCACUGAAGGACUUCCCCAUUAAGCAACUCCUGGGCCCGGAUUUUGGCUAUGUGACCCGGGAGCCCCUCUUUGAGACUGUCACCAGCCUCGACUCCUUCGGGAAUCUGGAGGUCAGUCCCCCAGUGACUGUGAAUGGCAAGACAUACCCACUCGGCCGGAUCCUCAUCGGGAGCAGUUUCCCUCUGUCUGGAGGCAGGAGGAUGACCAAGGUGGUGCGCGACUUCCUGCAGGCCCAGCAGGUGCAGGCGCCCGUGGAACUCUACUCCGACUGGCUGACUGUAGGCCACGUCGAUGAGUUUAUGACCUUUGUCCCCAUCCCAGGCAAAAAGGAAUUUCGGCUACUCAUGGCCAGUACCUCUGCCUGCUACCAGCUCUUCAGAGAAAAGCAGAAGGAAGGCCACGGGGAGGCCAUUAUGUUCAAGGGCCUGGGCGGCAUGAGCAGCAAGCGUAUCACCAUCAACAAGAUCCUGUCCAAUGAAAGCCUCACACAGGAAAACCAGUACUUUCAGCGCUGUCUGGACUGGAACCGUGACAUCCUUAAGAAGGAGCUGGCAUUGACUGAGAAGGACAUCAUUGACCUGCCUGCUCUCUUCAAGAUGGAUGAAGACCGCCAGGCCAGGGCUUUCUUCCCUAACAUGGUGAACAUGAUCGUGCUAGACAAAGACCUGGGCAUCCCCAAGCCCUUCGGGCCCCAGGUGGAAGAGGUGUGCUGUCUAGAGACACAUGUUCGAGGCCUGCUGGAGCCCCUGGGCCUUGCCUGCACUUUCAUCGAUGAUAUCUCUGCCUACCACAAGUUCCUGGGAGAGGUUCACUGUGGCACCAAUGUCCGCCGGAAGCCCUUCACCUUCAAGUGGUGGCACAUGGUGCCCUGACUGCGAGGGACCCUGACGUUUCUUCCUCCCCUGCGGUCUCCUGGUCCUUCCUGUGCCCCCAAGACCUUUCCCUACAAGAAGCGGGUGGGAUUGGGGGAUAUAUGUGCCUUACUGUCCCCUGGAGAAGGACCUCAGUGUCCACUGAAGCCACUCCAAGUAAGCCCCACCAUCCCCCCACCUGAAACUAUCAGGACCUGUGGUUAGUGUGCAGAGCUCUGGCAGGGAAAAGCGGACUUCAACAAAUCAUGUAGUCAGACUGUCCCCCAAGAAUUCUCAGCCUCUACGCCAAAUCAGAAUGAGGGGAGAGAGAGGGAGGCUCUGAGGUCACCCAUCAAGGUAGACCACAAGGACCAGGGCCAGAGUCCUGGCAUCCUUUAGAUGGUACCAUCACUCCAGACUCUCCUCCCUCAGGUCCUCCUGGGGCUCCCUGCACCCAUUCAUUCCUUACAGAUUCCGGUACACUGAGUCCCCACUCCCUGAGGGUCCAAUCAUUCAGUUUAGAAUCUUCCAGAAAUAGGUCUUAGCAGAGGAGAGUUCUUCAUUUUCUGUGGAUGCAUCCUGCCCAAAUUUGGGCGGAGGGGGAGGUCUCAGACUAGCAUCCACGGUCCAAAAUUCAGUAUAUGAAGAUGCUCCUGCCGGCCAGCGCUAUUUCCGUUCUCUCACCUGGUCCUCAAUUCUCUGGCCAGUCCGUGGGCCUCUUUUCCCUUGUUCUAUUCUGGACACUGCCCCUCCAGCAGCUACACAGUUUCUUUGCCACCAGGCAGAUUCAGGCCUCCUGAGGGUGAGAAACAGCCUGUCCCUCCUCUUAGAUGCUGGCCCCAGUGUCCAAGGAUGCUGGCUGUGCUCCAGCUCAGUGGUCACUUCCCAGCUAGCUACUGCUCCAGCAGUGGAAUUUCCCAGCACACUUUCCAAAGGCCUUCCAUCCAGAUACAGGGAAAUUUAUCCCCUCUGCUUCACUAGAAAGGCCCCGCGGAGCUGUAGAGAUGGCUCAGCAAUUAAAAAUGCUCCCUGCUCUUAAAGAUGACCUAACACCCACAACUGUCUGGAAUUCCAGAUCCAGGGGAUCCAAUACCUUUUUCUGGCCGCUGAGGGCGCUGCACACGUGUGCACAAACCCAUACACAUAAAUACAUUUUUUUAGGGUCUGUGGUUAAGGUCGAGUGGUUCAGAGCACUUGCUGCUCUUGCAGAGUUCUGGGGUUCAGUUCUCAGCACCCAGGUGGUGGCGCACAACUACCUAUCACUCUAGUUCCAGGGGGUCCAGUGCUCUCUUCUGCCCUCCACGGGUUUCUGCACACAGAUGGUUCACAUACACACACUCAAACACACAUACAAGUAAAGUAAAAUAAAGGUUAUCUAAAAAAUAAAAAAUAAAAUAAAGAAGGUCCUUUAAGGCCAAGAAGAUAGGAAAUAUUAAUUCUACUUUGAAGGGUUAAACGGUCCUGUUUUUUAACCAAGGAAAGGGUUACAGGCCUUCAUUCUUAGAAAGGGUUACAGGCCUCCAUUCUUAGAAAGGGUUACAGGCCUCCAUUCUUAGGGGAACAAGAUUGUUAUCAUGGAUUCUUCCUCAGCUAUGCAAUCAAUGGGUCGUAUGCCACUGAGCAGAGGGCAGAGACCUGGACUCUGACAAAAUAAGCUAGCCAGAGACUCGCUUGUCCCCAACAGACAAAACUCACAUCUACAUGGCCGUCCUUUCCCCUUGCUGUGGUAGGCUCUUUGGAAACACUACCCAGUAUAUUCAAUAAGCAUUCAAGACAACAGUCGCUGCCUUCAAGAACUAGGGCUGUGUCUGCUUUUCCAUCCAGCUGGGCCUACAGCGCCAUGCCAGGUCAGGCCCCAGAGCCUCCAAAGCUGUCAUGUCAUCCUCUGUCUCUGGGGACAGUGGUUCCUGCCCUUGAGAGCAAAGCUCCAAAUCCUGUCUCCUGCUCCAGAGUAGAGAACACAGGCACCCCUCUGAGGGAGCUGAUCUGGAGAUGUGGGGUUUCCUCGUGUGUGGUGUUCGGUUAAAGUGACUUUACUGCUUUUAUUUUUAUCUGCGUUAGGAGGAAGUGAGCACCUCCCACAUGGAGGCCGCUUGUCUUUGUAGAUUGUGCUACAAUUCUCCCUGUUGGCUGUUUCAGCAAUUUCUGGAACUCCAGGACUCAGACACUGCCUGUCCCAUCUCACUUACUCAUCCAGUGUGACUCCCCCGAGUGUGGAUGCCCCACCCUGUGGACUCCUUGCUCUUCCUACCCUCACUGUGUGGUUUGUUUUUUUUUUAACUUAGGCCCAGAUGUUCUGGGCUACACCAGUUCCUGUUUCAAUGUUAAUUUUGAAAUGCUCUGUGAAGUGCGGUGGGGACAGCAGGAAGAUGGCGGGAACCAGGCAGAAUCAACUUCCUGGAGAAGAAGCCAAGAUGGAGACUGAGAAGUGUUUGGGGAAGAGCCAAAAUAAAGAGCAAUAAAAUAAGCCGUCCACGGGAAA